AUGGCGGUGUUAACUGGGCACAAGUGCAUUGCCCUAUGGUUCAUAUUGCUGCUAACAUUGAUUUCUAUAGUUAUUUAUCUGGACGGGGGGUUCGACAAGCAACCGUACCUCAUGUUCGUUCUAUUCGCCGUCACUGAUAUUCUAUACAUUUCAUACAUAGUAUGGUCAAUGAUAUCGUCGACGACAGCAACGCUCCCUUCACGUUAUAGCCAUUUAUACAAUUUCCUCAGUUUUCAUCGUGAUCAAGUAGCCCAAUUAGUUUGCUUCCUUCUGAAGAUUGCGUUCGAAUGUCUUCUCUUUGCAAGGAUUGUGCUUCUAAGGGAGAUACCCUUGUUUGUUCUUCUUUCUCCCGUGUGGCUUAUACUAUCUAUCAUUGUCAUUGAUCUCAGCAAACGGUUAUAUUCUAUACAACAAAAGGUUUUAUGA